CUCGGGAUCCAUGGAAGGAAGGUGUUUCAGCUACAUGAAUGCCUGCCUGUCCUGGGCAGAUUCUUAAAAUAUUUGCCCAUCAGCAGCCUCUCAGAGAGGAAUGUUAAAUGCUGCCAUGAUGUCAAAGGGGCCCCGAGGAGAAGGGCCUGGGCCAAGCCUAGCCUGUCACUCAUGGCCACGGCAGAGUGGGAGAUAAGCAAAGGCAACGGCUCGUAGGAAGCCUGGUCCUCUGGGCUCCCUGAACAACCCAGGCAGUCCCUAGCUAAAGAACAAUGAACUUCCAGACAGCACUGCCCAAGUGAAAGCCAGAGGUCUGUGGCUCUUCCGAAUCUUCACCCUUGGAGAGUCUUCAUCAGGAUGUCAGGAGCCCCUAAGGAGAGUUUGGGGCCCCAGGGGCUGCCGGGGCUGGGCAAGGCCUGCUUAACCACCAUGGACAAAAAGCUCAACAUGCUGAAUGAGAAGGUUGACAAACUGUUACAUUUCCAAGAAGACGUGACGGAGAAACUGCAGUGUGUGUACCGAGGCAUGGGCCACCUGGAGCAAGGCCUGCACCGGCUAGAGGCCUCCCGCGGUCUGGGCCCGGCUGGGGCCGACCGCUCCCCACCGUCUGAUGCUCAGGCUGGGUGGCCGGAGGUCCUGGAGCUGGUGCGGGCCGGGAGGCAGGAUGCCGCCCAGCAGGGCGCCAGGCUUGAAGCCCUCUUCCGGAUGGUGAUGGCUGUGGACAAGGCCAUUGCCUUGGUGGGGGCCGUGCUCCAGAACUCGAAGGUGGUGGAUUUCAUCAUGCAAGGGAGUGUCCCCUGGAGGAAGGGAAGCCUGGCCGACGUCCCUGAGGAGAACAAAGAGCGAGUGGAAGAGAAAGAAGCAAAACCAAAGCACACGCUGAGCACCAGAGGUGUACAAGCUGAGCUCAGGGGCCCUUGGGAAGAGUGCCAGAAGGCGGACCUGCCAGAAGGGACAGGAUCUGACCUUCCUACCCAGGCAGAGGCCCCACCAGAGCAGAGAGACGGAAUUUCUGGCCCAACUCAGGUGCGCCCAGAGGUGGAAGUCCAAGCUCCUAGAGCAUCCAGCGAGAACCCCGGGAUUGGCCUGGAACUGUCUGUGGUGUCUGAAAGGGUCAGUGAGGCUCCCACUGGGCAGGAGGCUGCAUCGAGUGCAGGACGAGGAACAUCACCCAGUAGGCCUGACCCUCGGCCCUCGGCGGAGGGCAUGAGGCUGACUCCAGCACCGCCAGCUCAGGCCAAGGCAGCUCACUGUGGUGGAGAAACACCUCCAAGGAUCUCCAUCCAUGUGCAGGAGACAGAUACCCCUGGGGAACUGCUUGUGACACGAGGGGGCAGCCUCAGAACCUCACCCCCUGCUGAGACUCCAGCAGCUGUGCCUCCAGGUGAGCAGGACCCACCUGGGCCCAGGUGCUGCCCCCAGGUCCCUGGAACUGAGUCAGGAAAACCUAUCCUCAGAGGAGCCAGUGUGAGAAAGCGGAGCUGUGACGGGGGAGCAAAGGCCAAAGAGAAGCAAGGACCUGGGUCUGAGCUGACCAUGGCGCCAAGCAGGGCCAGGAGGGACAAGGGAGUUGAUUCCGGGGCCCCAGGCCCACAGCAGGACACAAACCCAGAAGCAGGGAACCCUGACCCUGGGAAGGACUGCAUGGCUGGGGGUGCAGGCAGUGCUGAAGCUGGAAGCAGGACACCCCCAGGAGCUGAGGCGGGCAGCCUGGUUCUAGACGACAGUCCAGCCCCGCCAGCCCCUUUCGAGCACCGGGUAGUGAGUGUCAGGGAGACCUCGACCUCAGCGGGCUACACAGUGUGCCAGCAUGAAGUCCUGGGAGGGGGCCGGUUUGGCCAGGUUCACAGAUGCACGGAGAAGGCCACAGGCCUCUCGCUGGCGGCCAAGAUCAUCAAAGUGAAGAGCGCCAAGGACCGGGAGGAUGUCAAGAAUGAGAUUAACAUCAUGAACCAGCUCAGCCAUGUGAACCUGAUCCAGCUCUACGACGCCUUUGAGAGCAAGAACAGCUUUACCCUCGUCAUGGAGUAUGUGGAUGGGGGUGAGCUCUUUGACCGGAUCACAGAAGAGAAGUACCACCUGACUGAACUGGAUGUGGUCUUGUUUACCAAGCAGAUCUGCGAGGGUGUCCAUUACCUCCAUCAGCAUUACGUCCUGCACUUGGACCUCAAGCCUGAGAACAUACUGUGUGUCAAUCAGACAGGACACCAAAUUAAGAUCAUUGACUUUGGGCUGGCCAGAAGAUACAAGCCUCGGGAGAAGCUGAAGGUGAACUUUGGCACUCCUGAGUUCCUGGCCCCAGAAGUCGUCAAUUAUGAGUUUGUCUCGUUCCCGACGGACAUGUGGAGUGUGGGCGUCAUCACCUACAUGCUACUCAGUGGUUUGUCCCCAUUUCUAGGAGAAACAGACGCAGAGACCAUGAAUUUCAUUGUCAACUGUAACUGGGAUUUUGAUGCUGAUACCUUUGAAGGGCUGUCAGAGGAGGCCAAGGACUUUGUCUCUCGGUUGCUGGUCAAAGAGAAAAGCUGCAGAAUGAGUGCCACACAGUGCCUGAAACAUGAGUGGCUGAAUAAUUUGCCUGCUAAAGCUUCAAAAUCGAAAGUUCAUCUCAAAUCCCAACUAUUGCUGCAGAAAUACAUGGCUCAGAGGAAAUGGAAGAAACACUUCUACGUGGUGACUGCUGCCAACAGGUUAAGGAAAUUUCCAACUUGUCCCUAAUCCUCAACUCUGCUGCUCCCAUGGGCCUAGAAAUUACUGGGACUGGUGGUGACAUUAUGACUGAAGAUUCUUAAUAAUCUGGCUUUCUACUUAUUUUGUUUCAAAAAGGUUAUGACUGUUGCCUUCCUUGUGGAUGAAAAGUGGCUAUAAGAAAGUGACCUAAGAAUUUUUUCUGGUUUGUAAGAUCACUGAGUGGAAAUGAUGUGGUUACUUGUCAAGUGUACCUACUUUGGGUGAUAAGUAUAGGCAUGCUUUAAGUAGUAGGUAGGAAAACUCCUACUUUGCGUAUGUCAACUUUAAAGUCAGCUUACUUUGAUUAAAGAACCCAGUGGACUAUCACACAGGGCAUGUCAGUGUUACCUCCUCCAGUGCAAAGAAUUCCUAGCAUUUUGAUUUGCUCAAAAGUGAGCUGACAUUUUGUACUACAUUUGUUGCUCUAGUGUGAAGCAAUGUAGAUUUAGGGCAGAGAUCCUCAAACUUGUUUUAGCUUGUACUCCCUUUUGAGAAUCAAAACAUGCAGACCUCUGCCCUCUCCUAAUUCUGCCCUGUCCUGACACUGGCAGUCUCCAUACUGACCUGUCUUUCUCAGUUAUGAAUCUAUGGUCUAGUAAGUCUGGGAACUGAUAUGUAAUAUGUGAAAAGAGAAUGCAGUGGUGUUCAGCUUUCUGAGAGAAAUACAGAAACGAUGGAUUGUGAGAAAUCAAAUGAAAACUGCUCUCCUCCUGCUUUAUGGGGAUAGAACGGUCACUUCACUAACUUCAUGAAAUGAGUAACAAGGAAUGCUUUAUUAUUCAAAAGUAAAUAUUCCUUUUAAUUUCCUCACUGCUAACUUGAUUUUCAUGGUAUUCCCCAUUACUGUCUUGGGUCAGCAGUUUUUACUUUUAGUUUUUAAUUAGCCAUGCAACAGUUUCACAUUUUUUGUCCCAUAAUACUUUUUUUUUUUUUUAAGUACAGGACAUGGGUGUGGGGAGAGGGGCAGAAGAUGAAGAGAUUAAUCCUCCUGAUGCAUUUCUUUGGUUAUAAUGUUCCUCUGGAACACUAAUGCCUGUUGGGAAGCUAAGAUUUUCAGUACCGGCACACCUCGGCCUGCUGCAAGCUGACUGGCUAGUGGGUGAAUAUCGGAAGAGAUGGCUGCUGGAUCUCUCUUUCAUGGGCCAGUAACAGUGGCUUUUAAGGUGUUUUGAAAGCAGCCUCAGAAAGAGCUAGAGGAUAUCUAUAGUUCUAUCUAUAGUAUGGUUCUUCCCCUCCACAGGACUUCACAUUGGCGGGGAAUGCUAUGAAUCUUCUCCCCAGAAAAAUGGAGUCUCCCCAGUUAGUUAUUCUAAUCUAGAACACCACUACCUAACAGAAAUAUAUGAGUCAAAUACAUAAUUUUAAAAUGUCUGAUAGCUUCUCUUUUUAAAAAAUCUGGUAAAAUUAAUUUCAAUAAUUUAUUUAGCAUAAUAUAUCAAACAUUUCAAUAUCUAAUCAUUAUAAAAAAUUAUUCAUAAGCUAUUUUAUAUUCUUUUUUAUACUAAGUCUCUAAAAUCUGGUGUGUAUUUUACACUUAAAAUAUACAUCAGUUCAGAUUCUAGGUUUUUAUCAGACAUAAUUUGUAUUUAGAUUUCAUAAAAUUUACUGUGGAAAAAUAUAUUCACAUGCUCAAGUUAUUCAAAGCAUCUUAAAUAUUUUCUAGUAUUUUUACAUUUAAUAAAAGUUAGGAAUUAGGAAUUCAGUUUUACAGUUGCAUUAACCACAUUCUAAGUGCAUUUAGCCACAUAUGGUUUGUGGCUUCUAUAUGACAGGACAGAUCCAGGGAAAAUCUAACAGUUAUCAAAUUUCAAUUUUCCCUCAUAUGCUGUAAUUCUCUACCUAAAGAAACAACUUUUCUCCAAAGUCCCUUUGAGGGAUUUGUUUAGGCCAGACCCACACAAGUGAGAGUUACUGCAGAAGUUAGCCUCUCUUAUUUGAAAUGUGAAGCUUUAAUUUUCUGGAUAUAUUAUUUAAAAUUUUUUGGAUAUUUUUAGUUGUUGGUAUGUACUUAACUCAAAAAUUUUUUAGACUGACGCUUUGCUAGUAUUAACUGUUUCUAAUGGGACUUUUUAAUCUGAAUGAACAGUCAUUAAAAACUUCUGAGAGACCCAAUAUAAAAUAAAAUUUUUUAAAAAGAAAGAAAACUGCUCGGCAGAGGAAAUCUGAAAGGUAGUCAUGACCCACAUUUUAUCUAUCAGAUUUAGUGGGGGUGUGGGCAAAACAGAAUUUUUCACUCUUGAUGAAUAUGUAUCCAAUCCAAAUAAAAGUGAUGCCCACACUUUCACCCAGCAAUUCCGUUUCUAGAAAUUUAUCCCUCAGCCAUAUUUGAACCAGUGGGCAGAGGUGUAUGCAAGAUGACAUUUACUGUAGCAAAAUGGCCCAAUGAACACAACCUACAUGUGAUUAUCAGUAUAAAUUUAAAUUUUGCCACAUACGUAUAGGAGGUUGCCUUGUAGCUGUUAAAGAUAGAUCUUGAUGUACUGAUUUUUGUUAUGAAAAAAUUAUGGAACGUAUAUAUGGUAUUAUCCUAUUUGUGAAGUUAUGUUUAUAUAUGUGUUAAAAUUUUCUAGGUUAUGCAAGAAACUUAACAGUGGAACGUGGAAAUUGGGUGUUGGGGAGAGAGGGAAUUUUACUUGUCACGUUAUUUCUGAAUUAUUUGAAUUUUUUAACAAUAAGCAUGUAUUGCUUUUAUAAUUAAAAAUUAGCCACCUCUU